AUGUUACGCAGUAUAAUUCCCACUUCUCGCUGUUCUUCCAUAUCUAUUGUCUCUAAGAGAUUCUUAGCUGCUGCUGCAACUACUACCCCUACCUCGGGCAACACCUUAAAAUUUCAAUUUGCUCUACCUCAUGAAGUCUUGGUCGAUGGAAAGACUGUUAAACAGGUGAAUUUACCAGUCAGAUCUGGUCAAAUUGGUAUCUUAGCAAACCACGUCCCAAUUACUGAGCAACUAGAUCCAGGUUUGAUCGAGGUGUUUGAAGAAGGUCAAAAUGACCCAACAAAAUACUUCGUUUCAGGGGGAUUUGCAUCAAUGCAGCCAGAUUCUACACUAUGUGUUACUAGUGUUGAAGCAUUUCCAUUAGAAAGUUUCUCAAAAGACAAGAUUUCCUCGUUACUUGCUGAAGCAAAGAAAAUUUCUGAAUCCAAAGAGGGUAAGGAAGCUGCAGAAGCUGCAAUUCAAGUUGAAGUUCUCCAAAAGUUGCAAAGUGCAUUAAAAUAG